UUUUUAAUACUCUUUUAAAUCUGAAUAUCAUUCAUGACAAAGAGUAGUCAUACUGACUACUGAACUCAUGAAAAAUUUUACUCUUCACCUUCUUCUUCUUCCAGGAAAAUUGGAGAAUUAGAGAUAUGUCAAUGUUUUCCUUCUUCUUCUUCUUCUUUGCCUUGGCUGCUUCAUCAUUCUCUCUCACUGAAUCUGACCGUUUCAUCAGAUCAGUAAUUCCGACCGCCGCCACAGAAUACAUAGAGCUCGCACCUCCUCUUCCAACCGACAAACUCAUCCCUUCCUGUUCAUACCCCGUCUUCACCCACACCUUCGCCGACACCUACGGCCGCCCUCCCUUUUCCGUCAAGUACUCACCGCCCUUCCGCUGCCGCCCUCCAUGGUCCCACGUCGUUCUUCAGAUCAACGUCUCUUCCGAGGGCGACCAAUACGACCGUAUCGCCGCCGUAUGGCUUGCCGGAUCCGAGAUUCUACGCACCAGCACGGCGGAGCCUACUGAAAAUGGAAUUUUCUGGAACAUUCGCAAGGAUGUCACCAGGUAUACCUCUCUACUCAAACAAUCGCAUCUUACCCUAACCGUCAUGCUGGAGAAUUUGUUAACCGACGAUCUGGACGGCGUCUAUGAUGUUACACUUACCUUCUUGUAUUACAAGAAUACUAAGUCCUCAUCGCCGCCGAAUAAACGGAACGAAUUAGGGUUUGACAGUGUUGUGAAUAAUGGGAGAAACGCGUUCAACUUGUACGAAACGCCGGCAGACGAGAUCAUUCCAAUCUCCAACAAUAAGAUUAAAGAAGGGUUUUGGUUCAGAAUCAACAGCAAAGCGGAUAAAGGAUUGACCCAGAUCAAGAUUCCUCUAAACACCAUAAAGGCUGUUGUCGAGAUUUACGUCUCCUACCACGGAGACGACGAAUUCUGGUAUUCGAACCCACCCGAUUCCUACAUUAAAAGGAACAACCUGACCACGAAAAGAGGCGGCGGAUCUUACAGGGAGGUGUCUCUAUCAAUCGACGGACUAUUCAUCACCUCGGUGGUUCCUUUUCCGGUCAUCUUCACCGGAGGAAUCAAUCCACUAUCCUGGGAACCCGUAGUGUCCAUAGGAGCAUUCAACCUCCCUUCCUACGACUUCGACCUCACCCCAUUUCUGGGACGUUUACUCGACGACAAAAUCCACUCCUUCGGAAUUGGAGUCGGUUACAGCAUUCCGUUUUGGCUAGUGGAUGCCAAUCUACACAUAUGGUUCGAUCACGGCUCGGCGCCAGUCCAGGCUAGGCUCGUCGAGAUUGAUAUCCCUCCGGUGAUGAUUAAACAGCGGUCCCUGUUUCAGAAACUGGACGGUUCUUUCGAUGUGGAGGCGAAGAGGAAGAACCGAAUUACGGGCUGGAUAAUCUCGAGUUCGGGAAAUCUCACUACACACGUUUUGCAGCAAUUCAAGUUCAAGAAUCAGAUCUUAUUUGAAGGGGGCGGUUCCACGAAAACAGUUAGUAUGAAAGUUAAAGCUAAGAUGGAGGUUAUAGUGGAGUCGGCCGAUGCAAUUCAGCUAAAUCGAGCUGUAGUGAAGACGAAAUACCCUCUCGUGAUAAUCACCUCGACCGUGCCUGGAUUGAAACCGGGCACAUAUAAGAUGACCACUAACGUGUCGCACGGUUUGAUCGAGAAAUGGGAAUGUGGGAAUUUCUCGAGCUUAAUAAGGAAUAGCCAGGAUUCUUUGGGAUGGAUGUCGGUUAAGGAUCAUUCUGUCCUGUCUGGUUCUGCCCAGACGAACCAGAGUUUGAGUUAUGAGGACCAGUUUGGAUGCUAUUGGCGAGCAGUGAUGACGAAAGAUGGAAAAAUGGUGAAAGACAAUUCAGCAUUCUCUUGUCAAUUGCCAUAUUAACUUAAGAAAUCACUUACUUUGAUUGUAUAUCCAUCCAUCUCUCUGUAUUACUAAUCAAGAAAUACUUGAAAUUUAUCUAACACCAUAAUGUUGAAGUUAAAAAGAAAA